AUGAUUUAUAAAUGUUUUAAUAAACUAUCAAUAAAUAGUAUCCAUGUAUCUAUGGAACAAUCUCAACAAUCAUCAAUAUUGUUACAUACAUCUUCAGCGUCAACGAUGAACCAUACCAGUAGUUUAAGUAGCCAAGACAACCAAGCAUUCUAUAGAUGGUGGACUCGUUUCUGGGAUGAGAUAAGAGAUAUUAUAUUAGUCAUGAAUCACGUCAAAGUUAAACAAGAUGGUUUAGAAUCACAAUUCUUUAGUAGAAAGUUCCCACAUGAAUUAUACAAUGUGAUGCAACCAAAUGAGUUUGACUCUAUUAUCGGUAGAAUCAAUGCUGCUAGUGCAACCAUUAAGAAAUCAAAAUUACUGUUUAUCUCUAUCCCAGCUGUCAUUCUCGGGUUCAUUCUUUUCAUUGUCGCCUUUGUCGCCAAGAGCACUGUUGCCGGUGUGUUUGGUGGUAUCUUCUUUGUCGGUGGUGCCAUCUUUACCGGUGUCUUGAUGUUUAUCCAUGCUCGUGAAGUCCACAAGGCCAUCGAUGGUAUCCUCGCACAAACCAACAUGGAACUCGAGAACCGUCGUAUCAGUCUCCGUCUCGACUACAAGCAAUCCAAGAAGCACUUCCACAAGGACGCCAACGGAAAGAGAGGUCAUGCCAUCACCAAGUCAUUCAUCGUCAUUGAGUUCCCUGCUCCAGCCUCUCCCUACAUGGGACAACCACCACAAUCGAUGCCAUACAUGCAACCACCAGGUGGCAUUCCAAUGUUUACUCCACAACAACUCCAACCACAACAACCAAUGAAUUAUCCACCACCUCCAAAUCAACAACCAUUCUUUUAA